AGCCGCAGCCGAGCCCGCGCCCUCCCCGCGCCGCCAUGCCCCUGGCCUUCUGCGGCAGCGAGAACCACUCGGCCGCCUACCGGGUGGACCAGGGCGUCCUCAACAACGGCUGCUUCGUGGACGCGCUCAACGUGGUGCCGCACGUCUUCCUGCUCUUCAUCACCUUCCCCAUCCUCUUCAUCGGAUGGGGCAGCCAGAGCUCCAAAGUGCACAUUCACCACAGCACAUGGCUCCACUUCCCUGGGCACAACCUGCGCUGGAUCCUGACCUUCAUGCUGCUCUUCGUCUUGGUGUGUGAGAUCGCAGAGGGCAUCCUGUCUGAUGGGGUGACCGAAUCCCGCCAUCUUCACCUGUACAUGCCGGCCGGGAUGGCGUUCAUGGCUGCUGUCACCUCCGUGGUCUACUAUCACAACAUCGAGACCUCCAACUUCCCUAAGCUGCUGAUCGCCCUGCUUGUCUACUGGACCUUGGCCUUCAUCACCAAGACCAUCAAGUUUGUCAAGUUCUACGACCACAACAUCGGCUUCUCACAGCUGCGGUUCUGCCUCACGGGGCUGCUGGUGGUCCUCUACGGGAUGCUGCUGCUCGUGGAGGUCAACGUCAUCAGGGUGAGGAGAUACAUCUUCUUCAAGACGCCAAAGGAGGUGAAGCCCCCUGAGGACCUGCAGGACCUGGGGGUGCGCUUCCUGCAGCCCUUCGUGAACCUGCUGUCCAAAGGCACCUACUGGUGGAUGAACGCCUUCAUCAAGACUGCCCACAAGAAGCCCAUUGAUCUCCGAGUUAUCGGGAAGCUGCCCAUCGCCAUGAGGGCUCUGACCAACUACCGGCGGCUGCGUGAGGCCUUCGAUGCCCAAGCGCAGAAGGACAUGCAGAGCCCACAGGGUGCCCGGGCCAUCUGGCGAGCACUCUGCCAUGCCUUUGGGAGACGCCUGGUCCUCAGCAGCACGUUCCGCAUCUUGGCCGACCUGCUGGGCUUUGCUGGGCCCCUGUGCAUCUUUGGAAUCGUGGACCAUCUUGGGAAGGAGAACCGUGUCUUCCAGCCCAAGACACAGUUCCUCGGGGUUUACUUCGUCUCAUCCCAAGAGUUCCUCGCUAACGCCUACGUCUUGGCCGUGCUGCUCUUCCUUGCCCUCCUCCUGCAAAGGACAUUUCUGCAAGCAUCCUACUACGUUGCCAUUGAGACCGGAAUUAACUUGAGAGGAGCAAUACAGACCAAGAUUUACAAUAAAAUUAUGCACCUGUCCACAUCCAACCUAUCCAUGGGGGAGAUGACUGCUGGGCAGAUCUGUAACCUGGUUGCCAUCGACACCAACCAGCUCAUGUGGUUUUUCUUCCUGUGCCCAAACCUCUGGGCUAUGCCAGUACAGAUCGUGGUGGGCGUGAUUCUCCUUUACUACAUCCUCGGAGUCAGUGCCUUAAUUGGAGCAGCUGUCAUCAUUCUACUGGCCCCUGUCCAGUACUUCGUGGCCACCAAGCUCUCCCAGGCCCAGCGGAGCACCCUGGAGUAUUCUAAUGAGAGACUGAAGCAGACCAAUGAGAUGCUCCGCGGCAUCAAGCUGCUGAAGCUGUACGCCUGGGAAAACAUCUUCCGCACGCGGGUGGAGAUGACUCGCAGGAAAGAGAUGACCAGCCUCAGGGCCUUUGCCAUCUACACCUCCAUCUCCAUUUUCAUGAACACGGCCAUCCCCAUUGCAGCGGUCCUCAUCACCUUUGUGGGCCACGCCAGCUUCUUCAAAGAGGCUGACUUCUCGCCCUCAGUGGCCUUCGCCUCCCUCUCCCUCUUCCACAUCCUGGUCACGCCGCUGUUCCUGCUGUCCAGUGUGGUCCGCUCUACGGUCAAAGCUCUAGUCAGCGUGCAAAAGUUGAGCGAAUUCCUGUCCAGCGCAGAGAUCCGAGAAGAGCAGUGUGCUCCCCGGGAGCCUGCGCCCCAGGGCCAAGCCAGCAAGUACCAGGCAGUGCCACUCAAGGUCGUGAACCGCAAGCGUCCAGUCCGGGAAGACUGUCAGGGCCUCACAGGCCCACUGCAGAGGCUGGCCCCCAACUCAGAUGGGGAUGCUGACAACUGCUGUGUCCAGGUCAUUGGAGGCUUCUUCACGUGGACACCCGAUGGGAUUCCCACACUGUCCAACAUCACCAUCCGCAUCCCCCGAGGCCAGCUGACCAUGAUCGUGGGGCAGGUGGGCUGCGGCAAGUCCUCACUUCUUCUAGCCACCCUGGGGGAGAUGCAGAAGAUCUCAGGGGCCGUCUUCUGGAACAGCAGCCUACCGGACAGCGAGACGGGAGAGGACCCCAGCCCAGAGAGGGAGCCAGCAGCUGAAGCAGACCUCAGGAAGAGAGGCCCCGUGGCCUAUGCCUCUCAGAAACCAUGGCUGCUAAAUGCCACUGUGGAGGAGAAUAUCACCUUUGAGAGUCCCUUCAACAAACAACGGUACAAGAUGGUCAUUGAAGCCUGCUCCCUACAGCCGGACAUCGACAUCCUGCCCCAUGGAGACCAGACCCAGAUUGGGGAGCGGGGCAUCAACCUGUCUGGUGGUCAGCGCCAGCGGAUCAGCGUGGCCCGAGCUCUCUACCAGCAUACCAACGUUGUCUUCUUGGACGACCCCUUCUCAGCUCUGGAUGUCCAUCUGAGUGACCACUUGAUGCAGGCCGGGAUCCUCGAGCUCCUCAGAGACGAUAACAGGACAGUGGUCCUAGUGACCCACAAGCUACAGUACCUGCCACACGCAGACUGGAUCAUCGCUAUGAAGGACGGCACCAUCCAGAGGGAGGGCACGCUCAAGGACUUCCAGAGGUGUGAGUGCCAGCUCUUUGAGCACUGGAAGACCCUCAUGAACCGGCAGGACCAAGAGCUAGAGAAGGAGACCGUCAUGGAGAGAAAAGUCCCAGAGCCACCCCAGGGCCUACCCCGGGCCAUGUCCUCAAGAGAUGGCCUCCUACAGGAUGAGGAAGAGGAGGAAGUCCCUCGGUCUUCCCUUCUGUCAGUGGGCAUAGUGUGCCCCCUGGUUCACCCUCAGGGGUCACGAAAUGUGAAGCCACAAGGUGGGUUCUUUCGGCCCGCAGAGGAGGCCGCCGACAGCGAGGAGGAGGACAACCUGUCGUCGCUGCUGCACCAGCGCGCCAAGAUCCCAUGGCGAGCCUGCGCCAAGUAUCUGUCGUCUGCUGGCGUCCUGCUCUUGUCGCUGCUCGUCUUCUCCCAGCUGCUCAAGCACAUGGUCCUGGUGGCCAUUGAUUACUGGCUGGCCAAGUGGACCGACAGUGCCCUGACUGUGAGCCCCAUGGCCAGGAACUGCUCCUUCAGCCAGGAAUGCUCCCUCGACAAGAACGUCUACGCCAUGGUAUUCACGGUGCUCUGCAGCCUGGGCAUUGUGCUGUGCCUGGUCACAUCUGUCACAGUGGAGUGGACGGGGCUGAAGGUGGCCAAGAGGUUGCACCGCAGCCUGCUGAACCAGAUCAUCCUCGCUCCCAUGAGGUUUUUUGAGACCACACCCCUUGGAAGCAUCCUGAACAGAUUUUCUUCUGAUUGUAAUACCAUUGACCAGCACAUCCCGUCCACGCUGGAGUGCCUGAGCCGCUCCACCCUGCUCUGCGUCUCUGCCCUGGCUGUCAUCUCCUACGUCACACCUGUGUUCCUCGUGGCCCUCUUGCCCCUGGCCGUCGUGUGCUACUUCAUCCAGAAGUACUUCCGGGUGGCAUCCAGGGACCUGCAGCAGCUGGAUGACACCACCCAGCUCCCGCUGCUCUCGCAUUUUGCGGAAACUGUGGAAGGCCUCAUCACCAUCCGGGCCUUCAGGUACGAGGCCCGGUUCCAGCAGAAGCUCCUCGAAUACACAGACUCGAACAACAUUGCCUCCCUCUUCCUCACGGCCGCCAACAGAUGGCUAGAAGUCCGCAUGGAGUACAUUGGUGCAUGUGUGGUCCUCAUCGCGGCCGUGACCUCCAUCUCCAACUCCCUGCACCGGGAGCUCUCGGCUGGCCUGGUGGGCCUGGGCCUCACCUAUGCCUUAAUGGUGUCUAACUACCUCAACUGGAUGGUGAGGAACCUGGCGGACAUGGAGAUCCAGCUGGGGGCCGUGAAACGCAUCCACGGGCUCCUGAAAACGGAGGCAGAGAGCUAUGAGGGGCUGCUGGCACCGUCGCUAAUCCCGAAGAACUGGCCGGACCAGGGGAAAAUCCAGAUCCAAAACCUGAGUGUGCGCUACGACAGCUCCCUGAAGCCCGUGCUGAAGCACGUCAACGCCCUCAUCUCCCCGGGACAGAAGAUUGGGAUCUGUGGUCGCACAGGCAGUGGGAAGUCUUCCUUCUCUCUCGCCUUCUUCCGCAUGGUGGACACGUUUGAAGGGCGCAUCAUCAUCGACGGCAUCGACAUCGCCAAACUGCCGCUGCACACCCUGCGCUCGCGCCUCUCCAUCAUCCUGCAGGACCCCGUCCUCUUCAGUGGCACCAUCCGAUUCAACUUGGACCCAGAGAAGAAGUGCUCCGACAGCACUCUGUGGGAGGCCCUGGAGAUAGCCCAGCUGAAGCUGGUGGUGAAGGCACUGCCGGGAGGCCUCGAUGCCAUCAUCACGGAAGGGGGGGAGAAUUUCAGCCAGGGCCAGAGGCAGCUGUUCUGCCUGGCACGGGCCUUCGUGAGGAAGACCAGCAUCUUCAUCAUGGACGAGGCCACAGCUUCCAUCGACAUGGCCACGGAGAACAUCCUCCAGAAGGUGGUGAUGACGGCCUUCGCAGACCGUACGGUGGUCACCAUUGCGCACCGCGUGCACACCAUCCUGAGUGCAGACCUGGUGAUUGUCCUGAAGCGGGGUGCCAUCCUUGAGUUCGACACGCCAGAGAAGCUGCUCAGCCGGAAGGACAGCAUCUUUGCCUCCUUCGUCCGUGCAGACAAGUGACCUGCUGGAGUCCCAGUGCCAUCCCAUGCCCCAUCCUGGCCCCACCUCCCGUCUGAGUUUUCUAACUGUAAAUCACUUGUAAAUAAAGAGAUUGGUUCUUUCCUA